AUGGCUCCGUCUCCGGCGGGCCCCACCUUCGAGGACCUCGAGCGCGACCUGCAGGCGGUGCUCAUGGACCAGAACCACCACGGCGGCGGCGGAGGCACCUCCGCCGAGGAGCUCAGCAUGUACCGCAGCGGCAGCGCUCCCCCCACCGUCCAGGGCGCCCGCGCCGCAGUCGGCACGCUCUUCUCUGCCGCGCCCCCGGCCCACGUCGACAACAGCGGCCUCGGCGGCGCCGACAUGCUCUCCGAGGAGGAGAUUCUGUCUCACCCGGCGUACCUGCAGUACUACUACAACAACGAGCACCUCAACCCGAGGCUGCCGGUGCCGAUGGUGUCCAAGGAGGACUGGCGCGUGGCACAGAGGUUCCAGGCUGCCUCCGGGGGCAUCGGGGACUGGAGGAGGCGGCCCUCGGAGGCCACUGGUGGGAGCUCUCUGUUCUCGGUGCAGCCAGGAGCACGCGAAGCCAACGGAGUGGACUAUCUCCUGAAUGAUAGGAUGGGCAGAGGUGAAAGGAAUGGCCUCGCACGUCAGCAAUCAUCGGAGUGGCUUGGGCAAGCCGCUGAUGGGCUUAUUGGGUUGUCUGAUGUCAAUGGCCUCGCCUCCCGUCGCAAGAGCUUUGCGGAUGCCCUGCAGGAAAAUAUUAGCCAUCCUGCUUCUAAAGCUGGUCAUCUUUCACGCUCUAAUAGCCGGAAUGCUUUUGAGAGCCCAAAUCCUUCACGCUCUAAUAGCCGGAAUGCUUUUGAGAGCCCAAAUCUUUCACGCUCUAAUAGCCGGAAUGCUUUUGAGGGCCAGAAUCUUUCACGCUCUAAUAGCCGAAAUGCUUUUGAGAGCCCAAAUCAAGUAAGGUCCUCUGAGUCAUCAAAGGCACAACUUCAGAGUAGGUCAGAAUCUAUGAAUGGCUUUCGGUCUGGAACGGCUUCACCCAGUCUUGUCAGGGUACAAAGUUUAGGUUCUUCAAUGUCGCACACAUUUGCUUCUGCAGUAGGCUCUUCGAUCUCAAGAAGCACCACCCCUGACCCUCAGUUGAUGCAGAGGGCUCCAAGCCCUUGCCUUCCUCCAGUUGGAGUUAGGAUGGGAAAAGCUGAUAAAAUGGUUGAAGGCAGAAAUGUUGCUUCUCGUAAUCAUGAUGGUUCUGACACUGCAGCAGCUCUAUCUGCUAUGUCCAGUUUAAACCUCUCGGGGAACAACAUGGCCAAUUUAGAAAGUGAUGUGCAAAAUCAUAUUUACCAGAACUUUGGUGGCGAUCAAAGAGAUGUGCUCUUUAAUAAUGUUCCGAAGGAGCAUAGACAGUUUUCUCCACAUAAUUUAGUUCAUAAUGCUGAUGAAGAACCGAUAAAUGCCCUGGAAUAUGCAGUCUUUCCAAAUGGUAGCAGUAACUUGAGUAAUCCAAAUAUGAGUAAACUGGCAGCUGAAAGCAACAGCAAGUUCCCUACACAAUCACAGCAUGGUAAUGGGCACAAGAAAGGAUCUUUGCUGAGCCCGACUGGACCUGUGUAUCUCUACCAAAACCUGAAUGGUGAUAGCUCAAACAUUGAUGUACCUGGACGACAUGCAAAGGCUAAUUCACGAAGUUCUGGCUCGUCCAUGCUGAAUAAUCACCUGAAUACUGAUGGUGAAUAUGCCAACCUUCUUUCAAAUCAAAGGGGGACUGGUUAUCAGGUCCAACCAAUGGAUGCAGUCUAUGCCCCUUACUUGCAGGCAAACCCCAACUCCCCCCUUGGUGCAGCUGGAAGCAUGAGUCCUUUCCGGGGAAGUAACUUUUCUGGUUCAGGCCACAUGGAUAAUGCUGCAUAUCAAAAGGCUUAUCUUGCAUCAUUACUUGCUCAGCAGAAGCUACAGUAUGGAAUGCCAUACAUGGGCAAAUCUGGUGGUCUUAGCCCAACUCUUUAUGGCAGUGAACAAGCAUAUGGCAUGGACAUGGCAUAUUUAUCAAGUCCAACAUCUAGCCAUUUUAUCCCAUCUCCCCAGGGUCAUGCCAGGCAAGGGGAUAGGCUAACAACACGUAUUCCAUCCAUGGCAAGGAGCACCACUGGAGGAGCUAUGGGAUCAUGGAGUUCAGAGAAUGGUCUGGUAGAUAAUGCUUAUGAGUCUACUCUGCUGGAGGAAUUCAAGACCAAUAAGACCCGAUCUUUUGAGCUGCUAGAUAUUGUAGGUCAUGUGGUCGAGUUCAGCUCGGAUCAGUACGGGAGUCGCUUUAUACAGCAGAAACUUGAAACAGCUUCUACUGAAGAGAAGAACAUGAUUUUUCCAGAAAUACUUCCCCAAGCACGAACGUUGAUGACUGAUGUUUUUGGGAACUAUGUUAUACAGAAGUUCUUCGAGUAUGGGACUGAACCACAACAGAAGCAAUUGGCAAACCUACUCAAGGGUCAUGUAUAUACGCUGAGUACACAAAUGUAUGGUUGCCGGGUUAUUCAGAAGGCUUUAGAAGUGGUUGGCGUGGAGCAACAAACACAAAUGGCUUUGGAGCUUGACGGAAACACAAUUAUCUUGAAAUUGGUUCGUGAUCAGAAUGGCAACCAUGUAAUCCAGAAGUGCAUAGAAUGCAUCCCUCAAGAAAGGAUACAGUUCAUCAUUUCUGCUUUUUAUGGACAAGUGGUUGAACUUUCCACCCAUCCAUAUGGUUGCCGUGUUAUUCAGAGAGUCUUGGAGCACUGUGAUGAUGAAAGCACGCAAAAUGCCAUGAUGGAGGAGAUCAUGCAGUGUGUGGUUCCUUUGACACAAGACCAGUAUGGCAAUUAUGUUAUCCAGCAUGUCUUGCAACACGGGAAACCAGAAGAACGUACUUCUAUAAUUAAGCAGCUUGCUGGACAGAUCGUGAAGAUGAGCCAACAGAAAUUUGCUUCCAACGUUGUUGAGAAGUGUCUGUCUUUUGGUUCUCCUGAGGAGCGCCAGAUUCUAAUUAAUGAAAUGCUUGGUACUACUGAUGAGAAUGAGCCAUUACAGGCAAUGAUGAAAGACCAGUUUGCGAACUAUGUAGUGCAAAAGGUUUUGGAGACUUGCGACGACCACAACCGUGAGCUGAUUCUUUCGCGUAUCAAGGUCCACCUUAACGCACUGAAGAGAUACACCUACGGGAAACAUAUUGUUGCCCGGGUGGAGAAGCUUAUAGCCGCAGGAGAAGGCAUAUCGGGGUCUCGUCGCAGUCUUGCAGAGAUUGAAUGGUUAGUUUGA